AUGGACAGCAGCAAGAAGUUGCCUGACGGUACUGCGAAAGAACUUCAGCAGCUUCCGAACGACAUCGAUGAACAAAGAUACAUUGAAAUUGCUGAACAAACGAUGGCGGCUAUUGCCGCUCAAGGACCAUCACCGACCGUUAAUAGCACGCCUUCUGCAGAACGUUUUCUUCCAGAAUUACCUCGCUAUCAACCUCCGCCCUUACCUCUUCAUUUUGACAUGCCUCCCCACAUGCUGAAUCGCACUUCGCAUGCUGUUUGCCGCAUGCUGUUUCCCACUUCGGGUCAUUUGGGUUUUGGCCUAUUAGAAUAUUCCGAGGAACAACCACCGAUCGAGACAGUUCGCGAGAUGAUCGUUUACGAGACACGCCUUCGCUUGUCCGAUUCGAUUCAAGAGCUCAUGGAUUUGUACCAUAAUGAUGAGGCCGCUGUGACGUGA